CAAACAACAAACCAAAAUAAUAAAUACAAGACGAAUAUUUUGCCAUCAUCAUCAGAAAAAAAAAAGAAAAUUGCUGUAAUAUUGUUCUUAAAUUACAAAAUUCAUUGAAUUAAUUGUCGGGAAAUCAAUGUGAAAGUGCCUAAAAUUGUCAUUGUGCAAAUAUGUCGUGGUUAAAUAACAGUUUAAACACCAUUAAGGGUCAAUUAACUACAUUGGCCAAUGAGAUUUUGGAAGAGACCGCUGGUCCGGGCGAUGCAGAAUACCGAGGUGGUCCAGCGCCAAGUCUUGACCAGAAAACGGCCAUUGAAAUGUUGGCCGAUACCCAACGGGAAAAGGAAGAAUUGGAUAAAUUGUGCACCGACAAAGAAGUGGAGAUUGUAGCACUUCGCAAACAAAUCGAAACACUAUUACAAAAUCAAAUUAGCGACUCGGGAGGCGGCACUGGCAGAGCAAGUGGCAGUGGCAGUGUUGUUGGAGGCGGUGGCGGCGCUUCAGGCAGUGGACGCACAUCAAAAACGCCCACCGAUAACAAUAAUGCCACAAAUUUGGAAGACAGUUGGUGCUGGGAGCCAGAUAAUGCCAAAAAUGACAAUGAUCACAGUUCGGAAACCUCGUCGGGUAAUGGCAAUGAAAUCGUCAACAUUACCUUGGAGGAGGUACCACUGGGCGCCACCGCCAAGCCAGGGGGGAAAACCAAAAUCCAUCGCCUGGGUGGUGGUGGCGGAGCCUCUGCUGAUCAACAGAAGCGCAUACGCGAGCUGGAGGAGGAGAAUAGACAGCUGAAUAGCUCUCUGGAAGAGUUGGAUACCCAACACAAUGUGGCCAUGCAAAAUAUGUUGGAGCUAAAGACAGAGCUUCAGGAAAAGCUCAAUAAAGUCUCACAUGACCACGAAGCUUUGAAGAAAGCUCAAGAGGAUAAAUUCAUAGCCACCGAAUUGGAAAUGGCUAAGCUGAGAAGGCAGCAAGAGGCCUCGCAAAAUGAGAAGCUCAUUGUACUUACUGAGAAUCAAGAGCUACGACAAAAGCUGAACGAAAGCUCUGAGGAGGUAAAGCGAGCCCUAGAAGAAAUGGCCGAUUUGCAGAGCUUGUUGGAGAAGAAGAGCCACGACAAUCAGGAACUUAUUUUAAGGAUUAAGGAAGUGACGCAGGAGGCCCAACAGGACAAAGAGGAUUUAAAUCAAAAAUUAGAUAUCAUGGCCCAAGAAUUGGAGCAGUUGAAAAUGAGCAAAGCCAAAAAGACCUCAGAGUCCUCGAACAGCAGCUCCACGGGCAAGCAAAGUGAGGAUGAGUUCAUAGUGGUCACCGAAAAGGAUGCCAAUUCCUCCACGGCAGUCACUCCACCUUCCCAGGAGGGUCUUAAGGAUCACAUGGUUGAGCUGGAGAAUCGUGUCUCUGAACUGACUUUGGAAAAUGGCAGCCUUUCGCUCAAGCUGCAAGAUCGUGAAAUGGAGAAGGAAAUAGCCUUGAAAGCUUUAAAAGAGAACAUGAAAGCUCUGCAAGAGGAAAAUGAUGAGCUUAAUGAGAAGCUUAGAAUGUCCUUGAUGGACAUGGAGGAUCAGCAAUUGAAAAUAGCCGACUUGAAAGAGAAGGCGGCCGAUGCCCUCAUAGCCCAAGAGCAAUUGAAAGCUUUAAGUGAAGAGAAGCUGAAAAUAGCCGAUGAGAUAGCCAAGAUGAAGGAGAGCAUUAAGAACUCCUUGGAGUUGGAGAAACGUUUGCUGAUCUCCGAGCAAGAGAAGGAGGCCUUGCAGGUGGAAUUGCAAAGCGUUAAGAACUCCAUGGGGCGCAUCAAUGGCUUGGAGCAGAAGAUACAGACAUUGACCUAUGAAAACCAACAGCUCAAACUCAAUGCCGAGGCUGAGACUGAGACUCUCAACAACAGCAAUGAGUUGGAGCAAAAGCUCAAGGAGAUGAGUGUGGAGAAUGAUAGUUUGAAAACCGAAUUGGAGAGGCUCAACGAGGGAGGCUUCUCUCGCUCCUCCCUUAGCUCCAAGAAGCAAUGCGUCACCGACUUGGAUGAAGAUGAUGAUGAUGACAGCUUCUCGCUGGAUAGGCUAAAGAAUCUACUCAAAGUUUUCUCCUCUGCUGAAGAUCCAAAGGAUCUUAACGUGGAGGAGCAUGAAAAAUUCUAUCGAAAUUUGAGAGAAAAGCUAACGAAAAUCGACUCUUUGCAACGCGACUUGGCCCACAUGUCUGCCGAGGUUAUGGAUCUGCAGGACAGCAAGCUAAUGUGGGAUCAUGAGAAGAAAACCCUGGAGGCUGAUAUCUCGCAAUACAUUCUACAAUGUGAUGAACUAAUGAAGAACAACGAGAUACUGCUCAACGAAUUGGAGAACUACAAACGCAACAAACUCGAGACCAUACACGAAAACAAUGAAGAGAAUGUGGUGCAAUUGGAAACCCAGCUGGAUGAGUGCAACAAGCUGAAUCGCACUCUGGAGCAGGAGUACAUAGAACUGAAUGAGAAAAUCGAAGAGUUGGAGAAGGAGAAUCAGGCGCUUAACGCAAAGCUGAGAACGGCCCAACAACAGCAAGAGAGCCUCCUAACCAAAGAGAAGGAUCUCAAUCUGCAGGUGGAGACUUUGGAGUUGGAGAAAUGCAAUCUCUUGCUGAAAUUCAAUGAUUUCGAUUGCCAGCGUGAGCAGAGUGCCAGAGAAACCAAAGAGCUGCUAGAGUAUCGUGAGAAAUGCCUGGAUCUGGAGAAACAAUUGUCCAGCUUGGCCAAGGAUCAUGCGGACUUGGUGAAUGCCUUGCAAAAGCAAAAGGACACUCUCAGGGAGAACAUACAAGCCAAGGAGGAGGCUGAAAAAUUGGUUCGCAUGCAUGAAAUGACCAUGCGAACAAAAGUGGAAGUUGAUGCUUCGGCAAAACAGGAGUUGGAACAGAAACUCAAAACCUCUCAGUCAGAAGCCCAGAAAUAUCAACAUGAACUAAUGGCCAAGAAUAUAGUGUGUGAUAGCUUAAAGGAAGAAAUAAAGGUUUUGCAGACCUAUGUCCAAGGGGCCGAAACACUGGCCAAUGAGAAACUGCUGCUGGAGGAAAAACUCAUGGAAAAAGAGCAACAUAUCAAGGAGUUUAACGAAAAGUUACAACAAGUUGCAGAAGAAAAACAAACAUUGAGCAAGCAACUGGAGGAAAUUACAACAGAGAAGGAGAAAUUGGAAACCUCUUCGUCCUUAGCCGGUAAUGAAACGAAAACCGAAGACAUUAACCACAUAAGCCGCAUUGCUGAGUUGGAGGCUAAACUUUUGGCCACGGCAGAUUUGCAAAAUUCUCUGGAUACCUUGAAUUUCGAGAAACAAGAGCUCAUCAAAGCCCUACAACAGAAACAUGCCGAAAAUAUGCAAUACUACAUGGAAAUUCAGCGACUCACUCCUUUGGUCAAUCAAACGGCCACUCAGAGUCAGGGACCUUGUGAGAAAUGUCCUCAAUUGGAGCAAACCCUCAGUGAGCUUAGGAAGCAACAGGAGAAAUUCCAAGACCAAAUCAAUUUCCUUAAAGAAAAAUCCGAUAUUCUAACCACCAACCUAUUGACGGAGCAAACCAAUCAGAAAUUGGUGCAAGAAGAGAAGGCCGAUGUUAUGGAACAGAAUGCCACUUUGCGUAAAGAUGUUGAACGCUUGCGAGCCCAUCUAUUGGAAAUCGAAGAUAUGCAUACUCAGGAAACGGUGGAAAUGCAAAAGGAAUUGGAUGAGACCAAGGCGAGAAUGAAUGCUCUGGCAAUGGAGGUGUCCAAGUCCAGUAAUGCCUACACAUCGGCAAGCAUUCGUGCCAAUCAGCAUGCGGAAACGUUACAGGCCCAAUAUGCUUUGGUGGUACAACAGCGAGACCAACUGUUGCAUAAACUAUCGCAGGCCGAAGAUCGCGAAUCGAAAAAUCAAGCCGCCUUAACGAAUUUACAAUGUGCCCUGGAACAGUUUCAGAAUGACAAAGAAAACGAUAUUAAACUAUCCACUCAGCGGCUGCGCAAGGAAUUACAACAACAUGUGGACAAGGAAUCCCAACUGCAUUUGGAUAUUGAACAAUUGCAACAACAGUUGGCCGAUGCCACUCAAGGUCUGAAUGCUGCCGCCCGUCUCUCCGAUCAAUUGGAAUCAUGUCAACAGACCAUAAAUGUCUUGCGUGAAGAGGUGGAAACCCUGAAACACCAAAAUCUGACCUUGGAACAGAAAUUAACCUCUGCGGAAUCUAGUCAAUCGGAUAAAAUUGAAAAAACCCUCAUUAAGAGUCUCUUAAUUGGCUAUGUGGUCAGCACGAAUCCCAAUGACAAGCAGCAGAUAUUGCGCAUGAUAUCCUCUGUGUUGGACUUCAAUCAAGGUGAAACCGAUAAAGUGGGUCUCAACAAACAGCAGGGUGGUUGGUUGGGUUCACUGUUGGGAGGAGGCGGAGGUGGUUCAUCAGGUUCCCAUUCAAAGGAGAAUUUAGUGCAGGCAUUUGUUCAAUUCCUUGAACAGGAAUCUCAACCACAAACGCAGCAACAACAAAUGCCCAAUCUAUUGAACAUCACACAACAUUCCUCCUCGCAGGGCAGCACCACCGGGGCAACUGGGGCCACACCGGCAACCUCAAGACGCUCUUCAAAUAUCACAAAUCCCGCAUUAUCACAACAAUCAAGUGGGGGUAACGCCACAGCGACAGCCCAUAACACACCAGUGCCCAUACAGCCUUUACUACUCACCUCCACGGUCUUGGAUGAUUUUUCGCCAACACGCAACUCAAGUUCCAUACUGAAAGAUAUUCUAAGUGAUUCCUGAUUAUUGUAAUAGAUUUAAGUUUUAAACCUUUCCUCCUUUGAUUGAUCCUUUCGCUUUAAUUGCCCUAAUUGCCCAAUGUUUUGUAACGACGACAACGACAAUUUUCCGAAACUUGACAAUUUUUGUUCAAUGGCAAUGCCAGCUAAUCAUUCACACUACACAUUGUGUGAUUUAUAUAUCCCUGCUGUUUUUUUGUCAAUUAUUUAAUUUUUUUAUGUAUAAAAUGUUAUAUCGUCAAUUGUGCAACUUUUUU